UACAAAUCACAAUCUCGUGUUUACUUCCGGUAGCUACAAAAAUGGGAAAGAAACAACAUCAGAAAGAUAAACUAUACCUGACCACGACAGAAUGGAAAAAUUCCUAUGGCGGUUACAAGGGAGACAGAUCAACAGGAGAAGGUUCACGAUUCAGACGUCUCCCUUUCUACUGCUGCAGUCUGUCUAUGCAGCCAUUUGAAAACCCACUGUGCACCAAAGAAGGGGUAAUAUUUGAUCUGAUGAAUAUUGUUCCCUUCCUAAAGAAGUAUGGCAUCAGUCCUAUCACAGGGGAGAAAAUCACUGCAAAACAGUUGAUCAAACUUAAUUUCUGCAAAAACUCUGCAGGAAAAUUUCAUUGUCCAGUGACCUUUAAGAUCUUUAAUGAAAACACACACAUAACUGCAAUAAGGACAAGCGGCAAUGUAUUUGCUUAUGAGGCGAUUGAAAGACUGAACAUCAAACCCAAGUUCUUCAGAGAUUUACUGACAGAUGAAGAGUUUACGAGAUCUGACAUCAUAACAAUACAGGACCCAACAAAUCUUGACAAAUUCAACAUCAGUUCCUUUCACCAUAUCAAACAUGGUCUCAAGGUUGGCGAUGAAGAUGAAGAAAUUGCAAAGAAGAAUCCUCGUUACCAUCUGAAAGCCCUCAAUGCUGAGACUGCUGAGGCAUUAGAUGAACUGGAUAGACAGUAUAAACCUGCGGAAAAGAAAGAGGAACAGAAGCGUGUAGCAGACUCAUUAAAUGCUGCUCAUUACUCUACAGGAACAGUAUCAGCAUCGUUUACCUCAACUGCUGUGGAACCAGCGACCUCACAUGAAGCGGCUAUCAUUAAUGAAGACAUAUUGCGAUAUGAGAGAGUGAAAAAGAAAGGCUAUGUUAAGUUCCUUACCAAUAUGGGUGAUCUGAACUUAGAACUCUACUGCCAUCAGGUGCCAAGGACAUGUCACAACUUUAUCAAGCUCUGCGCUAGUGGCUACUACACAGGAACUGUUUUCCACCGGUCAAUCCGCAACUUUAUUAUACAAGGAGGAGACCCAGAGGGUACUGGAAUGGGUGGACAAUCUAUAUGGGGGGAGCCAUUUUCAGAUGAGCUGAAGCCCAACCUGAAACAUUCUGGCCGGGGAGUGCUGAGUAUGGCUAACAGUGGCCCAAACACCAACAAGUCACAAUUUUUCUUCACAUACAGAUCAGCCAAUCAUUUAGAUGGAAAGCAUGCUGUGUUUGGGAAGGUGGUUGGUGGUCUGGAUACCAUAGAUAAGAUGGAAAAAGUUGAAACGGACAAAAAAGAUCGACCAAAGGAGGAAAUAAAGAUAGAAGAUGUUGUCAUUUAUGUCAAUCCAUACGAUGAAGCAGAUGAAAUGCUUCAGCAAGAACGUGACGAUGUAAAGCAAAAGGUUAUUGAUGAACGUGAGGAACAGAGGAAGAAGGAUCUCCGGAGGAAACCAGCUGGUUCUGAUAAACCACUGGCAUUCAGGUCUGGGGUCGGCAAGUACAUCAAUCCGAGUACAUUAAAAAGGCCAGCAGAAUCAACAGUAUCUGAAGAUGGUGCUAAGAAAAGUAAAGUGACUGGAGUACAGUUUGGGAACUUCAGCUCCUGGUGAAUCAUCAGCUGUAAUGAAAAAACUUCUUAUAAAAUCAUCAGCUGCCUGUGGAAAGAUCUCUAACUGAAAGUCGUUGGUUCCUGGUGAAAAACGUCAGCUGAGAUCUAACGGAAAACUAGCAGACUCUGGUGAAAACCAUCUGCAUUUGCUCAUCAAGAAAAUCACUCUCCAAACCAUUUACUUCAUUUUGAAAACAAAACUUAAGAUAGUUCAAUUUGGGAAAUGGGGUUGUCAAAUGUGAAGGAGUUAAAUAAUUUACAUUCUGAUGGUGUGCAAUUGUCGUUUGGAAGUACUGAAAUGUUUCUGUCUGUUAUGAGUGUAACAUUAUACAUCACACGACGAUAUUUCAUUAUAUCACAAUUAUGGCAACUUGACUUAAUCCUUAAAACAUAUAAAUUGUAUUUAAUAUCAGUGAAGUAUGUUGAUUGUGAUCAAUAUGUGAUUUGAGUGUGAAGAUGGUUCGAUUAUAUGAUGACACUAGAAAUGUGACACCCCUUAGCAACCCCCUUGUGACCGUAGUGUUGGGCCAUGACACUAAAAGUGUAAACACCACAGUGACAGUACUGAUGGACUGUGGUGCUAGACACCAUGACGACAGUCCUUCUCGUUUACUAUCUGGUAGCUGCAGAAAUAGAGACAGUUUCCCUGCGAUUUGAGAGGAAGUUGCGAUGUUGGAGAGUGUUUGUGUGAUAGAUGUAAAGGAGGAAUGAAGGAAGAAUAAAAUAAUAUAAUACAAA